AUGUCACCUCGUCGCUCCUCACGGGCUCGCACCACCCAGCCCUCGCCGGCCCUCCUCCAACACUCCAACUCCUCCAGCUCCAACAACUCCCUCACUCGCGAGCGAAGUACCCGAUCAAAUCAUAAAAACCCUUCCCCUCAUGGCUCGUCCGGUCAUCGCUCGCAGUCCAUCGACGAUACCGAGAAUGGCUCGAGAGCAGAUCUCCCACACACGCGCCAGCGCCAGCGCACCCGCGGUGACAAUGACCUUCCUCGUGAAGAGGACGACGAGGAUCCUGAAGAGGACGAGGAGGAGGAGGUCACUCGCUGUCUCUGUGGGCAGCAGGACUAUCCUGGUUUGCCCCCCUCUCGUCGCGACGCCCUCGGUCGCGUUGGUGUGAAACCAGAGGAAGGCGUUCCGCCCACGGAUUCAUCUGAUCUGCUGUCCGAUGAUAUUGGGAGCAUGUUCAUUCAGUGUGAUUCGUGCAAGGUAUGGCAGCAUGGUGGCUGUGUGGGAAUUAUGGACGAGGAAAUGAGCCCCGACGAAUAUUUCUGCGAGGAGUGUCGAAAGGAUUUACACAGAAUCCGGGGUGAAUCCAAUGGCCAGCGCUCCUCGACCUACCUUCCCGUCGCACCCGCAUCAUCACCUGCGCCCUCUUCCCGAGCCUCCUCGCGGGAUACUUCCCGACGCUCUAGGGACCCUAAAUCCCGAGGCAGUGAAGGCGCAUCGAAUCCGAAGCGGCGGUCGACUAUGAAUAGCCGGGACGCUGCCUACGAUGAGGAAGAAUUGAUCCGACGAGCGAUUGAAGAGAGCAAAGAAGAUACGAAGAGCAUUACCGAUGAAGCGGCCCCGCGCUUGAACAAGCGAAGUCGAAGUGAAAGUGAAUCACAAGGCUCCAAGCGCCCACGAACCACCUCUCCCUCGCCCACGGCUGCCUCAAAGCAGAGCCCGCCACCCUCCCAACCCCCAUCCGAUGACGAGACUAAGCCGAAGGUGACCAAUGGUACUCGACGACAAAGAGCAGCUUCCCGAGGUCAGCGCGACAAGGAACCUACCAAAGAGCCUGAGGAGCCAGAGCCCGAAGUCCCGGAGACCGUCGUCCGCCGAAAAGAGCGAUCUAACCGACGUAAAGGAGAAGAAUCAGAGAACGACAUUGGGUCCCCAACCAAGGCUGCAGCACCAGCCCCUCCGCCCCCCGAGCCUGAGCCGGCCCAGGCAAGCCCAAAUACUCCCACCCCUCAAGAGCCUACGCCUGCGCGGCCCUCGACGCGGAAAUCCGGACGUCCCCCAGCUCGACGCGGCGGCCGAGUCGGACGCAACCAAUAUACCAAGGAUCGAGACACGAACGGGAACGGCACCGAGUCCCCGCGUCGGGGUCAAUCACACGACAUUGGAAGUGAUUCGCCUCGAGUCGGCUAUAUCAAUGGCACACAUAUGAAUGGCGGGGACACGGGGCGGCCUAGCAAGCCGCGGCACAUGCACCCGCAGCGCACGACGAUGAACGAGAUGAAGCGGCGUGUCGCUGCCAUCUUGGAGUUUAUCUCGCGUAUGCAGGUGGAGAUGGCGGUCGCCAGUGAAAACUCGUCGACGCCAACGGGCAAUGGUGACCGGGCACAAGGCCUGCUCUUGAAGAGCAUGGUCGACCAGAUUGACAGUGCCAUGGCGUCCACCGUCAGUGACGGCGGCGAGUCUAUGCCGGCAUUGACAGAUGGCGAUGGCGAUGCCCAAUCGACGUCGGCCCAUGACAAGGACUUUAAAGACCUGAGUAGUGUGGAGAUGAUGGACGUGCUCACGCGUCACCUGCUCAAGUGGCAGCAAGAGUAUGGCAAGUUCGGGGAGCGAUAG